CUGGGACUUGUAGGCCGUGCGAGAGCGGAUGUGCUCUCGGGUUUGUAGUCCUCGGUCCAGCUACGUCCUGUUGAGCGUGUAACGUGGGUGAUGCGCUUUCGGGAACCUGUCUUCACACCGCGCUCCUGCUUCGGCGGCGCGGCCGUGCGUUCCUCCGGCAGAGGAGCACAACACUGAAAGUUUCUUCGGUGCGCGCGUGUAUGAGCGCGCGAGCGAGCACGCGUGCUGCCCGACGUGAGCGCGCGCAGGGAGGCGGGGGACGCUUCAGAGUAACGGCACCGGGGCGCGCGCGAGGUUUUGAGUCAGAGCCCCCAGUUUUCUUCUUGUGGAUACAUCGGUGAGAGAAACUCCUGGGAAAAUGAGCGAAACAUGACUCCACAGCCGUCGGGAGUGAAGAACAGGGGAGCUGCGAAUGACAGCUAGGACUGGUCCGCCGGCUAUGGCUCUGCGCCGCGGGGAGAGUUAGCGAGCGCCUCUCGGGCUGAGGAGUGGUUGACACACACCGCGAACGGAGGUCUUUGCAGUGGUUGAUGUGGUCCAGAGUGGUUGUUGAAUCCUUUCAGCAGUAGACCAGAGUGUUCAGGGCCCCUGCACUGGUCGUUCAUGGAGGUCCGCUGGGUCCUGCUGCAGCUCGGGACCAGCCUGCUCCUCCUGAGCGCGGUGGCACAGUCUGCAGAGAGCCAAGGCUUUUACACCAACUCCUGGGCCGUUCACAUCCACGGGGGGGAGGAAGAGGCCCAGUGCAUAGCACGCAAACAUAACUUCAUCUACCAUGGCAAUGUGUUUGGGGACUAUUACCACUUUCAGCACAGGAGAGUGGUGAAGAGGUCUCUGUCUGGCCAUCGUGGGGUUCAUGUUCGUUUGCACAGCGAGCCGCAGGUGGUUUGGGCAGAACAGCAGGUUGCCAAGCGGAGGAGGAAGAGAGAUAUUUACAGUGAACCCACAGAUCCAAAGUUCCCCCAGCAGUGGUACCUGUACAACAUCAACCGACGGGACCUGCAUGUAAAAGAGGCUUGGGCCCAGGGCUUCACUGGGAGGGGAGUGGUCAUCACCAUACUGGACGACGGGAUUGAGAAAGACCACCCUGAUCUCGCGCAGAAUUACGAUCCCGAUGCAAGUUAUGAUGUGAAUGACAGAGAUCCAGACCCACAGCCCAGAUACACACAGCUGAAUGACAACAGACAUGGGACUCGCUGUGCCGGAGAGGUGGCCGCUGCAGCAAACAAUGGCGUCUGUGGAGUUGGUGUGGCUUACAAUGCCAGAAUUGGAGGUGUGCGUAUGCUGGAUGGCGAGGUAACAGAUGUGGUGGAGGCUCAGUCUUUAAGCCUCAACUCGCAGCACAUUCACAUCUACAGUGCCAGCUGGGGUCCUGAGGAUGAUGGGAAAACAGUGGAUGGCCCUGCCAAGCUGGCCAAGGAAGCUUUUCUACAAGGGGUCACCGAGGGUCGAGGCGGCCUUGGAUCUAUCUUUGUGUGGGCGUCUGGUAAUGGUGGCCGGGAGAAGGACAGCUGUAAUUGUGAUGGCUAUACCAACAGCAUCUACACACUGUCCAUUAGCAGCACCACUCAGUAUGGCAACGUGCCAUGGUACAGUGAGGCCUGUUCUUCUACACUCGCUACAACAUACAGCAGCGGAAACCUCAAUGAGAAACAGAUUGUGACAACAGAUCUAAGGAAAAAAUGUACAGACUCGCACACCGGCACAUCUGCCUCAGCCCCCCUGGCUGCCGGCAUCAUUGCUCUCGCCCUGGAAGCCAAUAUGAAUCUGACCUGGAGGGACAUGCAGCACCUGGUGGUUAGAACGGCACAUCCCGCCCAUCUCAUCACAAGUGACUGGAGGACCAAUGGCGUGGGACGCUUAGUGAGCCACUCCUAUGGCUAUGGUCUGCUGGAUGCAAGUGCGAUGGUGGCACUGGCCCGGAACUGGAGCAGCGUGGGGCCACAGCACAAAUGUGUUAUCGACAUGCUGACGGAGCCCAGGGAAGUGAGGAAUCAGCUGUUGUUCAGUAAGAGUGUGGAAGCAUGUUCAGGACAGCUGGAUUUCGUGAGUUCUCUGGAGCAUGUGCAGGCCAGACUCACUCUGUCCUACAGCCACAGAGGAAACUUGGCCAUUCACCUUAUCAGUCCACUGGGGACCCGCUCCACACUGCUGGCACCAAGGCCGCAGGACAACUCUGCAGAAGGUUUCAAUGACUGGGCAUUCAUGACCACACAUGCAUGGGACGAGGACCCUCGAGGAGAGUGGACCCUUGAAAUAGAGAAUGUGGCCGGGCUUAAUGACUAUGGUGUUCUUUCUCAGUUCACACUCAUCCUAUAUGGAACAGGCUCCAGCUCUGCAGACCUGUCUGCGUCUGACUUCAGUAGGCCUUCCAACAACAGCUGCAAAACCUUUGAUGCUCAACAGAUCUGCAUUGAGUGCAGCGCUGGAUCUUCACUCUAUCUGCAGGGCUGUGUAAAAGCUUGUCCUCCGGGCUUCACGUCAGGUCUGCAGCUGCUCAAUCUGUCACUGGAGAACUGGGUGGAGCAGUCGUCCGUUCAGGCCUGCCUGCCCUGCCACCCGGCCUGCCUCACCUGCUCCGGCCCUGGGGAGGCAGAGUGCCUGUCCUGCCCCUCUCACAGCCACCUGGUGGCCACAUCCUGCCUGCGCCAGAACCAGGUGCAGCGCAAGUCUCCUGCUGGACCCACACAAAAUGUCCAAAGAGGGGAUGGUUCAGACUCGGAUCCAGACUUGGACUCAGAUGGGCCCUCACCCCAAAAAGGACUGUCCUCGCAUUUACCCGUGCUGGUGGCAGUGCUCAGCUGUGCCUUCAUCCUGGCCACGUUCGCGGCUGUUUUUGUGCUGCUGCAGCUGCACUCUGGUGCGGCCAACGCCUCCUUCUACCGGAGGACCAAACUACCCGUCACAGACUCCAGCGGCCGAGGCAUGCGAGUGGCCUUUGGUUUUGGCCUGAGCCGUGAUUGGACAAGCAGCAGAGUGGCAUACCGCGGGAUCCCCACCGUGUGGGGGGAUGAGGACACUGCAGGUGGCAUGAAUUCAGAAUCGGACAGUGAGGAACUGGACUGCCACAGUGAGAAAACUGCUUUUAUACGGACACAAAGCGCUCUCUAGCACCACCUACCUUUUCAGACUUCUCUGUCUUCCUCUGACAGGGCGAGCAAGCUGGUGUAGCCACUUUCUCUCUGCCGUCCUGCCAUGUCCUGGACUGCUCCGAGAAGAGCUGAGAAGUAAAAACACGCAGCACUGCGCCUGUUCAUAAGCUGUAGAGUGAGAUAUUCAGGUGAGGCAGCUGUUCAGUAGAGACACAGAUGUUUGACUUGAAUAUUGGAUGAAUCUCAGUCGGACAGGUCGGCGGUGCAGUGUUGAAAUUUCCCUUUAUUUUCACUUUAAAUUCUCUUAGAGGUUUGAGUCAUGAGGUUUAAACAGCGAAAAAGGACCAGUGUGCGUGUGUAUGAAUGCUAAUGUUUCCUUUAGAGUUAAAAAGGGCUGAAUUUACUCCAGUCCAUCUUUUACUAUCAGAGUGCUGGACUGGAUUUAUGCACAACACUUAGAAGAGUAAGGUGGCCAUUGCAGUAAGUCCAUACAUUUGCAUUGUUUUGUUAGCGGUCACUGAAGCAUUAUAUACCUAAUGCUGAUAACCAGUAACCAGUCUCUGCCUGUCUGUCCUGGUCUUGCUACAUUACUACAUUUGUGGCAGUUAUAGCCAGUUAUAGGAGUUCUCAGAGACAUCACAUUAUUUCAGAAGAUUGCCUUGUUCAGUGUCAAAACAGUAGAGGUGGUUUGUAGGAGGCCUUAUGUAUGACUUCAGAAGUUCAGCCAAAAAAAAGGAUCCAAAUAUUUAAAACAUUUUCUCAUGUUUAAAUUUCUGCUUAAAGUAUUCAGCCUCCUGAGUGUCGAAGAGUUGAAUUUGAUUGUAACAGACACAGUUCACACAGUUUGUGGAGUGGAACAUUUUGAUAUAUUUUCUUACUAGUUUCAAUCUGCUGUUCACAAACCACUAAUAUAAAGGUAUAAACCCAAUAAUUAUCAAAAGCACUAAGCUGUGUGCAGUCCACUGGAUGUGCUAGUGUUAUACCUAUAUAUUAUUCAUACCUUAGACUCAUUGUCUGAAAUCCCUGAACAAGAAAGUCUAGCUUUUUGCAAAAUUCACAAACCAUAAUCCACAACGAAUAUAUAUAUAUAUGCUGGGGUUGGCUCAAACUUGAGUAUUAAGUACACUUACUUUGACUGAAUCAAUCUCGAGGAAAACCUGCUGGGAGCUGACAAACUUUUAUGAGUGUUUACCUUUUUUCUUCUGAUGGACAAAGUAAUUUUCUUUACCCCAAAGGAAGCAUUAUUGAUUUUGAGGUUUGAUGCACUAAAACCUGUCAGAACUGGUGUGGUAAGGAGCUCAAGACAGUGUUUUGCAUUUGUUUUAUGGAAGGUCUGUCUGAAGCUUUCAUGCUUUUAAACUACAAAGUCUGUGAUGGAAAUGAUGCCACCAAUAAGACUUCUGUAACAGGAAUAGGAGGGAUAAAGAGCAAAGAUUUUCACUGAACUGUCUUUCAGUCGCUUUUUCUAGUAUUUAUCAUUUUUAUUUAAUAGACUCUAAUUAUGCUCAUUAAAUUAAUUGCGGAA